ACAUCCUUCGUUUUUGAGUGUUUUAGAUGCCGUUCUACUCUAAAUCUUUCUUGUUUUUUUGUUAGGUUUGUUGACUAUCUUAUCAGCUUUAUUGAAAACCCACCAGUACAGUUUUGACCGAGCAUUUAAUUUUUUAGGAAUUUAUUUCUCUGAGUGUGUGAAGUUAGCUAAGUUGACGACAUGUUGAGGUGUAAUUUCUGUGGCAAGGUGGUGCAGUCAUCAAGGGGCUAUGUGCUUCACUGCAAGCUUCAUCGUAAUGAGCCACGUUGUGUUUUUAAGUGCAUUGAAACUGACUGCAAGCAAACGUUUUGUAGGUAUGGAGCACUUAAGGCACAUUUUUAUCGAAGACACACUGGCCCUACGGUGAACCCCACAGUUCUUAGGCAAGUUAGCUCUUUUAAAUGUGCAAUGACUAUGUGCCAACACCAGAGUCAAGAUGCUAAAGAGCUAAUAGCUCAUCUGAAGAGCCAUUUUGGGGAAGGACAUGUGGUUGCUUGUCCAGUCAAAGGAUGCAAAAGAACAUUUAAGAUCAAGUCAUCUUUUACUGCCCAUAUGUCACGUAAACACAAAGAAUUUUCAGAUGGUGAAGUUAGUGAUUUAUAUAGAGAUUCUGAGUGUCAAUCAUUAGUGACUGCAUCAGAUGAUGUUCCCAUGAUUUCUGAGCCUGCUCCUCAUUCUAGUCCAGAGGAAGGUAAUAUGGAAAUGUCCCCGGAAUUCUGUGAUCUUUUUCUGAGAAAUGUCUCACUGUUCUACUUAAAAUUGCAGGGUCAGUUUUUACUGCCUGCCUCCACCAUACAGAACAUUGUGGAGGAAAUGCAGAACAUUAAUGAGUUGGGUCAGAUGUACACUUUGAGUAAACUUGCGUCACUUUUAAAAGAUGACACCUCAUUAUCAGAUGAGGACAUCAGCAAAGUGUGUGAGUCUGUCAAAGGCUUUGAUCUGUUUUCUGCCUGUCAUACAGGGCCAAUGAGGACGGUGUAUUCUAGAUCUCAAACUUUCAAAGAAGCAUUCAACUAUGUGGAGCCAAAGAAAAUGUUUUUAGGCAGGGAUGAGAACAGGACAGACAGAUUUGCCUAUUAUGUGCCUUUGAGAGAGACUUUAAAUUUUUUGUUAAAGUCUGAUUUGAUACAGAAAUCAGAGGAGCCCUCUACUGAGUCUCCUUCUGAUGUUCUGUGUGACAUAAGUGAUGGUAAGUUAUUUAGGUCUAAUGACUUCUUUAGUCAAAACCCGUCAUGUCUCAAGCUAAUACUUUACCAGGAUGCCUUUGAGGUUGUUAACCCUUUGGGCUCUGCAAGAACAAAGCACAAGAUAUUAGCUGUGUAUGCAUCUUUGGCAAAUUUGCCACUUCAUGUUCGUUCAGAUACGGACCACAUGUCCCUCGUCUUACUUUGCAGGGAGAAGGAUUUCAGAGAUUUUGGUCAUGCCAAGGUCUUUUCAGAAUUACUAUCAGACUUAAAAGAUUUGGAGGAAAAUGGGAUUGUUGGACCAGAUGAAACAAAAGGUACUGAUCCAAAUGUGUGUGGACCACGACGUACCAGAGAAAACUACAACUCUGCUGUGAACCAUCUGUUAAUCGACAAUACAACAGACGUUGAAGGAGUAAAGUUUGGACAUCUUAAAAAUGGGUGACAUCAUAAGAAGUUCCAUCACAAAGGUACUACCAGACCUGGCUGCCUCAGUUCUUGAAAUCGUAUUAGAGGCACUACAAUCAUUAGGGGUGGAGACAACUGAGGACUUGCAGUUCAUCAAUGAGACAGAUCUGGACUCUGUGCUGAGACCAGUUCAGGCAAGAAAACUGUUGGCUGCAUGGAAGCAAACCACAUUGAACAGUGAAAUCUCCCAAGCAAGCAUAUCAUCUCCAUCCUCAUUUUCUGCCUCCCCCUCCCCCUCACCCAGUCAUCCAAGGCCUUCUUUCGACUGGGUUGAUAACUUUAAAAUUCCAUGCGAGAAUUUCCCAGAAGGGCUAAUGCAAUGUCUUCAGAGAGGAAAAAGGCCAAAGCCAAGGUUUCGGAGGGAGAUGAUUCGCAUCAUUGUUAAAGAGAUGAUGAAAGCCUGUGCCUCUCCAUCUAAAAGAGCCUCAACAGAAAUUGCAAAAAGACUGGUUGCAAUGUAUCCCAACUCACUGCAGGAUGUUAUUGAAGGGGAUGUGGUGGGACAGGGGUACCACUCAUUGGUCAAACAGAUCCAAGCAAGAGUUGAGAAUGUGAAGAGGUCUUCUUCACCAAUGAUACAAAAGCGCAAAACAGUAGAAUCUGAUGAUACAGAUGAAGUGCCACCUGAAAAACGGGCAUCUAUCCAAGACACGUAUGGCUGCAUAAAGUGGGACAUGAAAUAUUUGCCAGUCAGUGAGACAUCGGAAAGCCAGCAGGAGAAAAAGGAAAAAAUGAAGAUUCUUAAUGAACAGACUAGCUUCAGACCUGAAGAAGUAAAAACUCUAAUGAAAAGCACCUACUACUCUCAGCGUAAAGCAAUCAACGAAGGAGCAGACUUGCAGAUACUCAUGGAAGAGUGGCCUCUUCUGUUUCAAGAGAUUGGGAUGGGCAUUCAUUUUGAAGAGCUUACUGGUGUAUCCCUAAAACAGACUUUUCUCACCAGUUUAGAGAAGAAAGGAAAACGACUUCUGGACUUUCUGAAAACCACCUGCGCAGACAAGAGUAAGCGGGUCCUGGAGACUGUCAUUAAGCUUCAGAUUCAGAGAGGACAGCAGAAAGGCUGCGCAGAGGAUGUCAUGGAUAUGAUCUUGCUUCUUUUGUCUUAUUUUGAUGAAAAAGAGGAGAUCCUCUUCCACUACAUUGAAGAAACAUGUCUGGCUGAAGAAGUCCAAACAGAAAGUCUGCCUGUGACACCAUGCAUCAUUGUUUGUGGCUCUUCUUGCUAUGCAUCGAGACUUUUCAUGCUGAGUGUUGACCGCAAAGUUGUGAAUGACCAAAUAACUGACUUCAUCUCUGCUGUCUGUUUGAUGCUUGGAAGCUACUACUGCCUUAACAUCCACUAUCCAGUAAAACUUGGCUCCACACUUGAGUUCCUUCAGAGGUGCUUUUUCAACAUUAACCCAGAGAAGGGAACAAAAGUUGAGAAAACUGAGAAGAAGAGAUUGCAUGUCAACCCAAGAGUGCUCACCCUCAUCGCAGAUCUUUCUGAUCACGAGUGGCGGGAGACCAUUUAAAGACAUUUCAAACUUAUUAGUACAGAAAGUUUUACCUUCACUAGAAUCUAUUUUCCCUUGUAUUUUUUUUUUAUAAUUUUUUUUUGUGAUGUCAGUUAUCCUAAAUGGAAAUAGGAACUUUAAUAUUCCUUUUUUGGUUGCAUGAUUUUUUUUUUUACACAUGCAUUUUUUUCAGGCUUAUCGGAGGUUUAAGUCACAGAACUUAUUUGAAUCCAUGGUGUCAAGGAACAGACAUUUGUUUAAAGCAAUUUAUACUUGUUCUCAACUGUGUAGCCUUAAAUGUGUUGCUUGUUGCUGCACUUAAAUUUUUUUUAUUCUGUGUUUGAACUGUUAACAUUUUAUUUUGAUUUCAUAAUGUAUGGGCUCAGAUUUGUCCCACUACAAACCUUAUUUAAAUAUAUUUGAAAAUCCAGAUCUGAAAAUCUAUUUUGUUUCCAAAUUGUCUUUUUAAUUUCAAUUGCAACAACUCUGGUUUCGUUUUACACCAUUUUGCAGCCAAGUUGUUAAUUUAAUACAACUGUCAAUAAAACACAUCUGAGAUAGUUUCUCAGUGUU